UUGACGAAACAGCUUUUAAUUAUUUCGUUGUCAGAAAAGGAGUACCUUGACAAUAUUUUCCAAUAAUAGUUGAGAGUCCAGUUAUUGGCAGACUGGACCAGGCAAUAUAUCUGGAGGUCUUCUCGAUGAUUGGUUGGCGCCAGUGUGGAGGCUUGUCGUCAGUCUCCUCACGUCAGGGCUCACAGGCGGCGUGUGUGCUUUGAACUCCGCUGGUGAAGAAUGGCAAUAUUUGUUGACAGAGCGACGGAGGCAAUUACAUCAACUCCACCGCAAAGCCAGAAGGUCUCGUGAGGUGUCGCAGGGUAGGGACUUGUUCCAGCGACAAUAAAAAUCAGCAUCAGCUGACAUCACAAUGGGUGACAGAAACACAUACCUACACCUGCUACUCUUCACACUACUUACAGAGGCUUCGUGCGACCCUGGGAAGCAUUUCGUGGUUACCUUUCCCCAAACAUACGAGGGUGCCAACAUCGACACCACUCUUUAUUUCGCAACGGUCGGCAACGAAAGUGUCAGUGUAUCCUUGGCAACGCUUCCAUCAGCCCCUUAUGUCAUCAACAAAACCCUGAUUCUGGCGCCUGAUCAGAACCUCGCGUUCCCCGUGAACUCCUCGCAGGCCGUGCUUCCCACCGGAACUUACGUCACGGACAUGAGUAUUAGAAUUGUCUCGACUGGAAACAUCACAGUCGUGGUUAAAAACAAGCGGGGCUCGAACGGCGACACUUACUCACCCAUGCCUGUCGAGAAUCUGGGCACGGACCACUUCGUGCUGGCCUACAACAACACCCUCGGCGUCAGCGCCUCCUUUGUCACCGUCACAGCUGUCUACGACGACACUGAGGUGAACGUCACCUUCCCAUCGCAACGCCCCAUCAACGCCUCGGUGACGUUCGUGCUCAAUGGCGUUAUCUACACCUACAGUGACGUCAUAAACAUCCGACUCGGUGCGCUGCAAACCUUGCAGGUUCAGGCUUUGCUAGACCUCACAGGUACCCGCGUCAUCAGCUCCAAGCCAAUAGCAGUUCUAAGCGGAGCCAACCGAACCCAGAUCUUCAAAGGUACCUGCGCCUCUCACCUGAUAGAGCAGACGCCCUCAGUCUCCACCUGGGGCAUGACAUUCAUUCUCGUACCUGUCCCGAACCAACGCAUGGGUGACCUUUAUCGUUUUGUUGCCAAGGACCCCCAAACGACCAUCACCCUGGGAACCGGAAAACAAAUCAGGCUGCAACAUCCGGGCGACUUCGGCGAGUACCUGUUGUUGGCGGGUAGCGUGACGUACGCCAAGUCGGACAAGCCGGUCCUUGUAGGCCACUACGCCACGGAGCAGGAGUAUUACACGGGGUCAGACGGAGUUUUUGUGCGGGACGAAGGUGACCCCGGCCUGAGCGUGCUGACCCCUGUGGAACAGGCGACAGACUUUUACCGCUUCGGCCUCAACGACAACUACAAGAACACGAGUCACCUGUACGUCGUCUUCUCGGUGCCGACGAACCUGUCCUCGCAGCUGCGCAUCAACCAGCAGACCGUAGGUAUGUGGAACGUCACGUGGAGAAACGUCACAGGAGCAGACAACUACGUGGUUGGCUACGUCGACGUUGGGCCACACCAGCUUCCGUUCUCACUGGGAGCACCAGGGGGCCCGGUCUUCAACGCCUUCGUGCAUUACGUCACCAGUUGCGAGAGUUGCGCCAUGUCUCUGUUCCAUGGCUACCCAAAGGAUCUGACACCAGCAUCCUAUGUGUGUCCUACGUCAUCGUCAGCGCCUGGCGACGGCAUCGACAACGACUGUGACGGGAAAGCCGAUGAAGAGCCAUGCUGCGUCAACAGCGAUGCGAAAGACACAGACGGCGAUUCGUACAAAAACGAGGACUGUCGUGGGAUUGCCGGAGCCCACGUGUGCUGCUCGAAUCAAGGGACGCAAUACGCAUGUCAGGAACGUCAGGUUAGCGCCAUGGUCUACCAGAUCAUCGAUCAUCGUCGACGUGCGGAGGUCAUCACCAAGGCCAAGACCAACACACAAGUAGUAUGUGUCAUGACAUGCAUGUCCACCAGAGCCUGUUGGGGCAUAAACUUUGACCCCACAGCACGCGAAGGGCACUGGUGCGAGCUCCUUUUCGGUCACGGUCUUGGGUUAAUUUUCUCGGAUGGCUGGAGCUUUUGGCCCUUAAAUCCAAGAUCCGUUUACACCCAUCUUUAAAAUUAGUUGCCAACAGCCUUGUCACCUCGUCUUUGUUCUACAUAUAGUUAUCCUAGAGGAAGUCCAAAGAUGAUUUUUGGCACUUGAAUGGGCCAAGUGAUUAAAAGUGACAGAAACAAGACAACCAUAGAGCGAUAAAAACGUUCCUAUUAAAGCUAAUUUUUUUAGAUAACAUUUAAAAAUAUAAGAAUAUAUUAUAUUCUUUAAAGUAUGCGCAAAUGUUUUGCCAUUCCAUUCACCAUUGGUCGCUUGUCGUCUGAGGGACUAAAGAGAUUGUCUCUUUGAGAAGCAAAAUGGUUUCUCUAAGCACACGAGAAACAGAAGCUGAGAAAAUCAUUGUUGACAAAAUAGAACGGUGCACAAACAGUUUGCAGAGGUGAAGCUCACAUAAAAAGCGACAAAAGAGAGAUUUUAAAAUUAUACACAUGGUCAUGGCCAAAGUGGACUAUACGAUGUCAUAUGUUGAGCACAACUCAUUCUCAAGACUAGAAUGCUAAAUGUUGUUGUUACGUAGAGAUUAAAAUACCCAUUUUUAUGUUAUUAUAUCGCGAUUGUUUUGCAAACAAUGUAAAAGAAGAUUACACGAUUAUUAGAAUAAUACUUUAUAUCUGAGACUCACUUUGUUCUUAAAUUGCUGGCAAACACUUGUCACACAGGAGGUUCAUCCUUCAGCCAUAUAUUGUGAAUUAAAAAAUGUCUUUACCAUAAAAUGCUUCUUAAGCAAUUCAGCACAUUAAAUGGAUAGCUGUUUAGUUCCCAAUCAUGAAAAGAUAAGUCCUUUGCCUCACCUGGCAGGUGAAGUCAGGGGCAUAUAACAAAGCCAUACCUACUUAUAAAAAGGUAAGUUUCAGGGUUAAAUGGAAAAUGUUUGAAUUAAAGAACACAGCGGCCAGUUCAUGAGUUGCUCUUAAAUGAUAAUGAUGUGGGUUGUGAAUUAAAUUAAAUUUAAUGAAUUAAGAGUUUGGCGAAAAGGACAAUGUAACUGAGUGACUUAGCAUUGUCAGGUUGAGCGAGGUUCUUGUUGCUCACAUGGUGCAUGGGUUGGGAACAUUUUUACCUCCAAGCGCCAUUUUGAUAUUUAUCACAAAAUUUGCAGGAUAUACAGAAUUAUUUACUUGAAAAUGAUCUUGCUCUGUUUUGUCAAGAUUUAGCUCCGCCAUAUUGUUAACAAUUUUGUAACGUGUACAGUACCUACCUUCCUGUAAGUUCCCACAAUCCUCACUUUUGUAAUAAAAUGCCAGAAAAAAUGCUCUGCGCCUAUGCAUAGCAUAGCACAAUAACUUUUUGGAGUCUGUAAAAUGUAUCUUUUUGACUAUAGUUCCUAGGAAGACAAAGUGUAUAGUAAUAAACCAUGUUUUCCUGAUGUUUUCUGUUUGUGUUGUGCAAUGAGAGUACAUUAAUAAUAAUGAUAAUGGUAAAAAUAAUGAUAGUUCACACAUACCUCCUUCUGGAUGGGUCGUCAAAGACAGACAGCCUGUAAGGCAGACAGAUAU